UUUCUUCUUGUCCAUAUUUACAAUUGUAUAUUUACUACCAUACUUUCUCAAUUGAGGGGUUAAUUGCCUGUUUUACACAAGGGCGCAUUAUUAUCAUGUCGGCUCCGUCCGAUCCACCUUCCUCCGCUUCUUCGCGAGGAACGCGUGUGCAUCACCGCAUUCUCGCUGAACUUGGCCUGACUUCAGUCUGGCAAUCCCCCCGAGAUGUCAAACUGCUUUGCGCCCAGCGCUUUGUGCGUCUCUUCGCUUACGGUGGUUCAACUCUAAUCCUGGCUGCCUAUCUCUCGGCAUUAGAUAUCUCCGAUGAACGCAUCGGUCUUUUCAUGACCUUGACCCUGGUAGGCGAUGUCGCUAUCAGCUUCCUCCUCACUCUGUUCGCCGAUGCCAUGGGUCGCAGGGCCGUCCUGGCCCUGGGCUCAGCUUUGAUGGUGGGCAGCGGCAUCCUCUUUGCUUCGGUCGGCAAUUACUGGGUCCUUCUGGCGGCGGCCGUCUUCGGUGUCAUAAGUCCGAGUGGAAACGAAAUUGGCCCCUUCCGGGCUGUCGAAGAAUCAACUUUGGCCCAUCUGACCCCCAAAGAGAUCUUGAGCGAUAUCUUCGCUUGGUACUCGCUGAUUGGCAAUGCGGGCACCGCCCUGGGCAUGAUGACCGGUGGAUGGGCCAUCAACCUGCUUCAGGUUAUCUGGGGAUGGCCCUACAUCCCCGCCUGUCGAGUCAUCUUUUUUGCCUACGCCGCUAUCGGCGCGCUCAAGUUUCUCCUGUCUAUUGCACUGAGCUCCGCUGUCGAGGCCGAGAAGAAGAAGCCUGCGCAACGGUCUAGUAGUGAGGGUGAAAGACAACCUCUGCUGGGCGAUCAGACAAGCAACGCCGCCCCUCAAGAGCAGCCGCCUCAGAAGAAGAAAUCGAUCCUUUCUUUCCUCGGCGAUUCCGAGGUCGUCUCCUUGUUUCUGCGACUUGCGAUCCUGUUCGCAUUGGACUCGUUCGCCUCUGGACUGGCAUCUCUGUCGUGGAUGACAUACUUCUUUAAGCGCAAGUUCUCCCUCCCUGAAGGGUCACUCGGAUCCAUCUUCUUCACAACCAGCCUUAUCUCUGCGGCCUCUGUUCUGGUGGCCUCAUCCAUCGCCAAGCGCAUUGGAAAUGUCAAGACCAUGGUCUUCACUCAUCUUCCCUCCGCUAUUUGCCUGGCACUCAUCCCAGUUCCUUCGGUUCUCCCGCUGGCGCUGACCUUUUUGGUGCUCCGCGCCUGCUCUCAAACUAUGGAUGUGGCUCCUCGCUCGGCCUUCCUUGCUGCAGCGCUGCCGCCGGACCGUCGCACGGCUAUCAUGGGAUCGAUUAAUGUCGUCAAAACCUGUGCCCAGAGCCUUGGACCUCUGUUGACCGGUAUCUUGGCUGAUCGAGGUGUCUUCGGGCUUUCAUUCACCAUUGCGGGUAUUUUGAAGGCUGUCUAUGACAUUGGCAUGCUACUCAGUUUUGCCGGAAAGGAAAAGCAGCAGCGGCGACCGGCACCAAGAGAUGAAGAUGAAGAAGCCGCCUAAAAUUUCUAGGCAGACUUUAAGGGGUUAGCCUUUCAAGGAAGUACCCUUGCAGGAUGAAAUCUUGGACCAUGGAACAAGUCCUCCUGGUAUGGAUAUACUCUCUGUAAAAUCUAUCUAUAUAUCCUAAUAACCCUAUCUUAUUUAUCUAUCAUUGAAUGUACAACUAAGGGAAAGUUAGAUAGACAGAAAGAUAGGGACUGGG